AUGAGAUUAAGGCGUAGGCAAUGCAUUCCUUCUUGCUCUUCUCACCACAGAGUUGAUGAAGAUGAAGUUUAUUGGAGACAAAAGAAGGGUGAUGAAGAGUCGGCAUGGUCACAUAGUUCUCCUCACUUAAAAUCACAGUUAUCUCAGUGUUUUACUAGUGCUAUGGUUGGACCACGAGCAUGGAUAGGAGGAAUCUUUAGCCGUUCAAGCAAUAAACGGUUCGGAAGUGGAAAAUUUUUUGACUUCCCUUUGAGUCCUCUUCAGGAACAAGGACUUCGAAGGCUUCAAGCUCGAUUACAAGUACCUUUUGAUGAGACACGUCUUGAUCAUCAAGAAGCUCUUAGAACAUUGUGGAAAGCUGCCUUUCCAACUGUUAAACUUAAAGGAUUGAUCUCUGAGCAGUGGAAGGAUAUGGGGUGGCAAGGUCCAAAUCCAUCAACAGACUUUAGGGGUUGUGGUUUCGUUUCGCUCGAGAAUUUGCUGUUUUUUGCAAGGAUUUACCCGGCUUCUUUUCAUAGGUUAUUGUUCAAGCAAGGUGGGAAGCGAGCAACAUGGGAAUACCCAUUUGCUGUUGCAGGCAUUAAUGUAUCAUUUAUGUUGAUUCAGAUGUUAGAUUUAUACUCAGCAAAACCUAGAUGUCUUCCAGGAAUCAAUUUUGUUAAAUUAUUAGGAGAAGAUGAAGAAGCCUUUGACGUUCUAUAUUGUAUAGCUUUUGAGAUGAUGGAUGCUCAGUGGCUUGCCAUGCAUGCUUCAUACAUGGAAUUUAAUGAGGUUUUACAAGUAACAAGGACACAAUUGGAGAGGGAACUGUCUUUAGAAGAUAUUCACCGAAUACAAGAUCUGCCAGCUUACAACCUGUUGUAUCAGUAAUUCUGCUCAUAAGCCUCUCCCGACAACCCACAGAAAUUUUGCCUGUGAAAUUUGGUGAGAAUUUAGAAUGCAGAGGAGUAUUUUCAGAAAAGACUACUGGGGAUCUUAAAUGUAAGUUCAUUUAUGCCUACUUUUGAGAGUUUGCAGGGGAAGGAUGUGUACUAUGUGGACUCUCAUUGCCUAAUGGCAUUGAGGCUGGGCUUCAUGAACUUCAUUUUCCUCUUAUAAAGCCAGCUGUUGACAAAUCCAACAAUUGAUUAGAUGAUCUUAUCUCAAAAAAGGGUGGUCUGGUGCAGAAGGCUCCUGCUAUUGCGAGGUCUGGUCAGGGUUUAUUUGGUUCUACAGUGAAAGAUGGCUUCCGAAUGAUAGCCUGCAUAAAGUAGGAAGUUUCAAUUGUGGUACUGUUACUGAUUCUAGGAGCCAUCUCAGAAUAUGCAGGAUUUCUCAGUAUUUACCAUACUCAUCAACUGGGAUAAAAAGUUGAAAAUUUGAAUGUGAAAUGGUGCUCAAAUCUUUGUUCCAGACAAGUUUUGGUAGGCAUUAGUACCUUUUCUUUUAAAUGAAGAACAAGUUUGGGUUAUUUAGUGAAUUUUUGUAUUAGCAUUUUAGAAGUUACAUCUGCAGUGUUUGCCUUCACUGCAUAUGCUAUCUAUACCAAAAAAUUUAACAUAAUUUAUCGAUCUAAAGAUAUGGUUUUAUUGGAACUAUUAGAU